UCCGUUAGCACUCUUCCUCAACAGUUUUGGCCAUCAGACCCGAUUUCACCGUUUCUGGUUCUAACCCGGUUUCGCUACCGCCUCUACCGUUUCCUCUCCCUUCAUCCUGUGCAUGCUCUCAAUGUUCAACCGCCACUUUUUCUCUUUGCUGUCUCGCGCGCGCACCGGGCAGUUCUGGUUCGUCGUUUGAGGAAUUUCAAUGUCUCUGAGAAGCUUCAAGGAGUCUCUGAAGGCCUGUACUUCUCAGUCCUCCGCCGCUUCCCUGUCAUCCACCACCACUACUGCCUCUGCUUCACUUGCAUCUUCUCUCUUGCCACCAUGCGAAAGGAGACCGCCCAAAUCUUCACUCACGCAGCAGCUGCAACGUCUAGAGGACGACCAUGACCACGCUCCUGUUCCCUCGUCCACCCGCUCACUCAUUCAAAACGAUUCUCUCUCAACCCAGCCAUCCGAGAGAGAACUCCAUGAACUGUCCUUCGUUUCUAAAAAGCCCGAGGCGCCUCCAUUGCUGGAAUCCCACGGGCCUUACGAGCCCCUUCUCCUUUCAGAGCCAGGCGGGUUACCAAUCGUCCAGGUUCCGGCCUCCAUCAAUUGUAGGCUUCUCGAACAUCAGCGUGAAGGAGUAAGAUUUUUAUAUGGUUUGUAUAAGAACAAUCGUGGCGGCAUUCUUGGAGAUGACAUGGGGCUUGGUAAGACUAUCCAAACAAUUGCAUUCCUGGCUGCUGUUCUUGGAAAAGAUCCAGAUCAUGGAGAAGUAAAUUUACUUAGAAGAGACCAUCCAAAGAAUGAAGGUUUAACAUUGAUAAUUUGCCCUACAUCUGUCAUUCAUAAUUGGGAACAUGAGCUGUCUAAUUGGGGAAACUUUGGUGUGGCCGUUUAUCAUGGCAUAAAUCGAGAUCUCAUCCUCGAGAAGUUAGGGGCAAGAGGAGUUGAGAUACUGCUAACCAGUUUUGAUACUUUCAGGAUUCAAUAUAUGGUCUUAUGCAAGUUUAAUUGGGAUAUUGUUGUCAUAGAUGAGGCUCACCGACUGAAAAAUGAAAAAUCACAAUUGUACAAAGCUUGUUUAGGAAUCAAAACAAGCAAGCGGUUUGGACUGACAGGAACCAUAAUGCAGAAUAAAAUUAUGGAACUGUUUAACCUAUUGGACUGGGUUGCUCCUGGGUCUCUGGGUACUCGUGAACAUUUCCGGGAAUAUUACGAUGAACCACUGAAGCAUGGUCAAAGGCUAAGUGCACCUGAAAGGUUCGUCCUUAUUGCUGAUGAGCGUAAGAAUCACUUGGCCACAGUUUUACAGAAAUACUUAUUACGAAGGACUAAGCAGGAGACAAUUGGACAUCUCAUGAUGGGAAAGGAAGACAAUGUUGUUUUCUGUGCCAUGAGUGAAUUGCAAAAGCGUGUGUACAGAAGGAUGCUAGAUCAGCCAGAUGUUCAGGCUCUUAUACAGAAGGACGUACCAUGCAGUUGUGGAAGCCCUCUGACGCGGGCUGAGUGCUGCCACAGGACUGCUCCCAAAGGCAUCAUUUGGUCUUAUCUUCAUCGUGAUAGCCCUGAUGGUUGUGAUUCAUGUCCCUUCUGUCUUGUGCUCCCUUGCCUUAUCAAGUUACAGCAGAUAAGCAAUCACCUGGAGCUGAUUAAACCUAACCCCAAAGAUGAAAUAGAGAAACAGAGGAAAGAUGCAGACUUGGCUGCUGCUGUUUUUGGGGAUGAUAUUACUUUAGUCGGUGGAAAUACUCAAAGCGAAAAUUUUAUGGGCUUGAGUGAUGUAGAACACUGUGGCAAGAUGAGAGCACUGCAAAGGCUAAUGGCAACAUGGAUCAGAGAAGGAGAUAAAAUUCUUCUGUUCAGCUAUUCUGUAAGAAUGCUUGACAUACUGGAGAAAUUUUUGAUCCGCAAAGGCUAUUGCUUCUCCAGACUUGAUGGUUCAACUCCAAUGAGCUCCCGCCAGCCGCUUGUCGAUGAGUUCAAUUCAAGUCCUUGCAAACAGGUAUUUCUCAUAUCGACUCGAGCUGGUGGUCUUGGGCUCAAUCUUGUCAGUGCAAACAGAGUGGUAGUUUUUGAUCCCAAUUGGAACCCCGCACAAGACUUACAGGCCCAAGAUAGGACAUUCCGUUAUGGGCAACGGCGCCAUGUUUUAGUCUUUCGGCUUCUUGCAGCUGGUUCUCUAGAAGAACUUGUUUACACUCGUCAGAUAUACAAACAGCAGCUUUCAAAUAUUGCUGUUUCAGGAAAGAUGGAAAGGCGUUACUUUGAAGGUGUCCAGGACUGCAAGGAGUUUCAAGGUGAGCUUUUCGGGAUAUGCAAUCUGUUUCGUGAUCUUUCAGACAAGUUAUUUACAAGUGAGAUAGUUGGCGUGCACGAGAAGGCUGUGAAAGAAUCUGUUAAUCCUUGCAAUGGCCUAGGAGUAGUGCCAGAUUCUCAAGUGCAUGCUCAUGAAAACGUGGAGUUUGGUUUGCAGUAUACUCAGUCGGAUGAAUCCAUGUUUUCUGGGAAUGGAAUUAAUGCAAACAAGGUUGUGCCAAGAAAUUGUGAAGAAACCAUGCAUCUGUUUAAUCUACUUGAGGGAGCAGGUAUUAUGUAUGCACACAGAAAUGAAGAUAUUGUGAACAUGAAAGAAUGCCACCAAGCAAGAGAUGCUGAUGACUGCACCAAUGACAAGAUCAAAUCAUGCAAUAUCAAUCCAAGGAAACGUCCAGUGGAUGUCUGUCUGCCUCUGGUACAUAAGGGCACAAACAGUGAGGAGAAGAAGGCAGAAUAUUGUCGGCUUGCCCAAUUUAUGGGUAUGGAGGUGGUUGAGUUCAGUAAGUGGUUACUGUCUAUUUCAAUAUCUGAAAGAAAGAGUCUGCUUCUUGAUUACAAGAGACAUAAAGAUCAAGCAAGAAAGAAGUAGUUGGUAAGAACGAGGCAGGAGAACAGUACUGCAAGAAUAUAUACAAAAUGGUUCAAGUCCUAAGGUUUUUCGGGUUCAGAGAGAUGCAGAUCAAAUUAAAGGCAGGCAGGAAUAAAAAGGUAAAAAGAAGAAGAUUUGGGUAGUAACUUGAUCCUGGCUCUUGUUUUCUAUUCGCUAUUGUAAAUAUCACGGCCAUGAAAUGCAGAGGAUCUGUUGAAUGCCUUCCUGAUGCAGAAACGUGUUAGGCCAUAGUGACAUAUUAGGAAGCAGCAAAUAUUUUUCAAUCUCUGAUGAUGUUGAGAAUUCAUAGCAAGAUUAGUUACUUCACCUCAGCAUCAUGAAAUCAAAAUGGGAAACAUUGCAGCAUGCAGCUGGAACUGGAUCGUGGCCUGAUGACCCUUCCUCAUUUCUGUUGAUUCAGCAUGUGCUCUUUCUUGGAUUGGGGUCUCUUUCUUUGACUCCAUUGCAUCAGCAGGAGGGUUUCUUUCUCCUUUCUUCCUCAAUAUUCUUGCUGCAUGGACCUGUAUACUUGUCAUGCCCUAGCUUUUGAACAAAGCUAAAUGCUUGCCCUAAACAUUCGUACUUAACUAGUGACUGCAUCAUCUGACAGUUGAUGCAAAAUUCGUUUGUUCUUGUACAUCCGAGUCCCAACGUUUUGUCAGUUGAAGGAGUGGGCUUCAAUUAAAAAAAUAAAGGAGCUAAAAGGUAUUUCUGAACACCCUGUCUCGGUGUCUCCUCUAUGCAUGCCGCAAAUGAUUCAGGCUGCCUUUGGUGAUUACGGUCAGGAAGGAGUCCGAUAUGAAUCAGCCAAAGACGGCCGUUGUUUGACUCAAGACUGAACAUAGCAGACCCUGUCCGUUUGCUAACCUAUUUCUAAUGGUGUAUGACUGUAUUCCUUCUUCGUCUUCUUUCUCUUUAUCUCUGACUCUCUCUAGGAAUAACACCAUAAUCUAAAGGUACAAUGUCUAAAUUCAAGAUCGCUUAUCUGCAAUAUUUUGAUGUUUUAACGGUCGGACCUUUUAGUCAUGGUUAAGAUCACAAACCGGCCACAUUUAUAUGUCUUUCAAAGGAGAAUCAGCGAUGUUUUCUUUCAGAAUCGGAAGAAAACAAUUUUUCUUGUCUAAGAGGACGAGUUUACUACAAAAACCAUGGCGAAUUUGCUUCUUUUUCCUUAAUUGUGCUUCAGCAGGAAUUUGUUGGUUUUUCACUUGGCCAUAUUUGGUGCUGAUUUAUCCUCAACCAUUCUGGUUCAAUCUUUAAAAGUUUAACUUUGAGAGCAAUUAUUAAAGAGCUGCCUAGUGAAUUAAAACAUUAUUUUUUAUGUAAAAAUAAUAAAAGAUCCGCUAAUAACUAAAAUUUCAGUAGUAAAAAGGGAAUUUUUGUAUUUAGGGAGUGAAUCGGUAUUAAGCAAAGUCCUCCGGGUCUCGGACACCGGCCACUUGGGUCCCGAUCCUGUCGUCCUUCAGUUCGUCUUUUAAGUCACUUCCGCCACCGGCGAGACCUUUCUUCUUCGUGCUCCCUCUCUCUGCUCCUCUCUCUCUGUCAUCCUUCCCCCUACGUUCGUCUUAUUAAACCCGCUUGAUCCAUCCAUCCGUCUAUCUAUCUGUCUAGGAAUAAUCAAACGAAAGAGAAUUUAUUGGCAAACCAAUCCUUCUCGAUUCUUCUUACAACGUGAAGCCGCCAAUAGUAAGAAGACGAAGAAGGAUUUACAGGUCCAUCUUGUCUUCAGAAUCCUAUCAAGAG